AUGUCGAAUCCUCUGCCCUCGGUGGCACCCAACCCGCCCACAGCUGCCAUCCCCGUCGACCCAUCCAGCUCAGUCUGGGACCGCAUAUCAUCAUGGGCCUCGGAAAACAAGGCUGUCGUCUACACCAUUGCUGGUGUAGUGGUGGCAGUGACUGGUGCCGGCGCAGUCUACUACCUAACCUCUGAUUCGGCCAAGAACGAUGCCAGCCCCAAGCUCAGCAAGAAGGAGCGACGGAAGCGAAAAGAAGCCGAACGCAAAGCUGCAGAGGCCAAGGAGGCCCCAUCUGCUGCCCAAUCCAAGAGUGCUUCAGUCGAGACCGAAUCGGAGCUUCCGGAAGUUGAUGAGAACUCAGUCUUAAGCUUAACUCAGGAGCAGCGUGAGGAGUAUGCUGCCAAGCUCAAGGCCGCCGGAAACAAGGCCUACGGUGACAAGGCAUACAAUAAGGCUAUCGACCUCUACACCAAGGCCAUCAUUUGCAAGCCCGACCCCGUCUUCUAUUCCAACCGAGCCGCCUGCCACAGUGCUCUGAGCGAGUGGGACAAGGUGAUCGAGGACACGACUGCUGCUAUCAACAUGGACCCCGAGUACGUGAAGGCUAUCAACCGUCGCGCCACCGCUUAUGAGCACCAAAAGAAGUAUUCCGAAGCUCUUCUCGAUUUCACUGCAUCCUGCAUCAUCGAUAACUUCAAGAGCGAAUCCACUGCCCAGGCUGUUGAGCGACUGCUCAAGGCCUUCGCUGAACAGAAAGCCAAGGAGAUGAUGGCAUCUCGCCCUGUGAAGAUGCCCAGCCCCAUUUUCGUCGGCAACUACCUCCAGAGCUUCCGCGAGAAGCCCCGCCCUGAUGGACUCGAGGACAACGUUGAGCUCUCUGCUGAGACAGGAAAGGGACAGCUGCAGCUCGGUCUGCAAGGCUUAGAGAAGAAGACUGGUGACGGAUACGAGGAGGCCCGAGUUGCCUUCGAGAAGGCUCUUGAGCUUGGCGACCUCGGUGAGCACGAGGCCCUGGCCUACAACAUGCGUGGUACUGUCCGUACCCUGCUCGGCAACCACGCCGAGGCCACCAAGGACUUCGACAAGAGCAUUGAACUUGACCCUGGUAUGAUCCAGAGCUACAUCAAGCGUGCUAGCAUCAGCCUGGAGCUGGGCGACCCUAUCAAGGCUGAAGAGGAGUUCGCCAAGGCUCUUGAGCAGGACAGGGAAGAUCCCGACAUCUACUACCACCGUGCCCAGGCUCACUUCAUCAAGGGUGAUCUUUCCGACGCCCAGAAGGAUUACCAGAAGUCAAUUGACCUCGACAAGGAUUUCAUUUUCUCCCACAUCCAACUUGGUGUGACUCAGUACAAGAUGGGCUCAAUCGCCUCGUCUAUGGCUACCUUCCGCAGAUGCAUCAAGAACUUCCCCAAGAUCCCAGAUGUAUACAACUACUACGGUGAGCUGCUCUUAGAUCAGGGCAACUUCUCCGAGGCCGUCGAGAAAUUCGACGUUGCCAUGGAGAUGGAGAAGCAGACCAAGCCCAUGUCGAUGAACGUCCUACCGCUUAUCAACAAGGCCUUGGCUCUCUUCCAGUGGAAGCAGGACUUCAAGGAGGCUGAGAACCUCUGCCAGAAGGCACUCAUCAUCGACCCCGAGUGUGAUAUUGCUGUUGCCACCAUGGCACAGCUCUUAUUGCAACAGAAUAACGUGCCCGGCGCCCUCAAGUAUUUCGAGAGGGCUGCCGAGCUUGCCCGCACCGAGGGCGAGAUUGUCAACGCCCUCUCCUACGCCGAGGCCACAAGGACCCAGGUCCAAGUAACAGAAAAGUACCCCAAGCUGGCGGCCAAGCUGAGCGCUGGUGGCCCGCCUGGAUUGCGGAUGCCUGCCGCAUAA